CCCCAGUGGUGCCCCUGGGAUUGCUGGCUUUGUUUCCAGGGGGCCUCCAGAAGGGGUCUCCUUGGGGGGCCCAGUCCAGCACCCCCGACUGCGGAAAGAAUGAGGUCCAAGACCCUCAGGGAGGGGGAGUCAUCCCUUUUUAUAAGGUGCCAAAGGUCAGAACUUGGCAUGCUGUGUGAACAGGGCACAGCUGGGAAAAGCGUGGGUGAUGCUCGCACUGUGGGAACCCGCUCACUGCGGUUUAACAGGCUUUCUUAACCUGAGCCCUUUAAAAAUGGAUGGACUUCAACUCCCAGGAUUCAUGGUUGAGGCCUGACGGCUGGGGAAUUCUGGGAAUCGGAGUCCGCCCGGGAAGGAUGAGCUUUCCCUCUAGGCGCGGCAAUUGCGCGUGCGCCAAGCGGUCGGCCGUGCUCGGUUUCCAUAGGAACGACCCCGCCUCAGGCCAGCGCGAAAGCGGUUGCCGCGGAGACGCUCUUUCCGGCGGAAGGGUGUGGCCUAGGGUCUGGUUGCCGUGGCUACGGCUACGCUUGGCGGGAGUCGUCGGGUCGGCGCCUCAGCGGGACCGCGCCGGCUUCGCUCGAGGGUCCCCACGGUGAGUUUUGUCUUCGUGCCUCAGCGUGUGCAGAGCCCCGCCGGCUUCACACCCGGGACUGCCUUUGACGGCACCGAGGGAGGAAGGCAGAGAGGAGGGGCCCCGGCCGGGUCCUCCGCCUUCACCCGGGACUCUGGGCCCAGGGAAGGGCCCGGCCUGCCAGGCGCAGAGAGCGGAGUUCCGGUUUUGGGUUCCUCAAGAAGCCCCUCACUGGGGAACUGCGGUGGGAGGGGGGAUUUCCCCCCACACGCACCCCCCAGUUUUCAUGUUUCAUUGAUUUUAUUUAUUAUAUUAUAAAUAUGAUUUAUUGAUUUAUUGAUGUUGCCCCAUAUGACAUCCUGGAACCCCCAGUCAGAGGUUUUGGCGGGGCGGGGAGGGGCCCCCUGAAAGUAUCGGAGCACCUGAUUUAAAAGCCAGGAAUAAAAAGUUGAUGGUUUCAGGGAAACCGCAUCCCAAACACCCGCCCCCCCCCUUUUCAUUCUUUUCCAGCCAAGCCCCCCACUCCCGUAACUCUGGCAGGGAUUUCCCCCUGAGCCCAGGAAUUGCAGAGGAGGAGCCAAAGGGCAGGGGAGACAAGGGGACCUGAUGGGCAUUUCCCAAUUUAAGCAAAGGUGUCCCGUGCAAAAGUGCCCAGUUUCUUCUGGGGUUCCCAUUCCUUUGAGAGUCCUCAUCAGAGGAGCUGCCUUGUGCGUAGUUGUGUUUCGAGUAGUCUCUCAAGUACUCAGCCUGUGCUUUUUCACCACGCCCCGUCGCCUGGCAGAGAGCAUGAAGGCCUUCCUAAGGAGCUCGGACGGCAUCUUGGCGCUCAGGCCGAAGAUAACGACGAUAGGAAAGCAUGAUGACUCAGACAUUGUUCUUAAGUCUCCAGGGUUGGAAGACCACCACGCCGCCCUCGAGUUCAGCGAUGCCGAGCACAGCUUCGUUCUUCGGGACUUCAACACCGGCAGUGGCUCCUUUGUGAAUGACUGUCAGAUCCAGAAUGUGGCCGUGAAGGUGGGCCAGGGAGACCUCCUGCGCUUUGGCUCCGCUGGGCCGACCUUCGAGCUGGUGCUGGACCACCCACCUCAGAUGUCUUAUCCGCUGGUGAAUCGGCGCAUUGCCUGGCCUGGCCAAAUCCAGGUGGUUACAGAGACAGCUUCCCCUCCGUCUGCAGCUGCUGCUCCCCAGUUUCCAUUGCUACCCUCUCAGCAGUCCUCACCCGCCAGUCCCAGCUGGCCCUAUGCAGCAAGUGGGGCCUCGCCACGUCCCCCCCUCCGAAAAAGGCCUCCUGGGAGCGCCUGGGGCAGGACAGUCUCCUCCUCUGCCUUCUCUCCCGAGCCUUCCAGCUGGUCUCCCGCCACCCUCGCAGACAGUGGAGCCCUCCCUGGCCCUCUUGCCAGCAGCCACCCGGGGGAUAUGCUUCUCAAAAAGAAGGAAGAGACCAUUUUAAAACUGGGGGACGAAAUCAACCGCUUGUCCGCCUUCGAAAGUGAGUGCAGCCGCAAGGACACACUGAUCGCAGAGCUCCAGCGCGAGAUUUCGGCCAUGAACGAGAAGGUCGUGGCAACCCUGGCCAAGAAGGACACCGAGUUCCAUCAGAAGCUGGCCAGCCUUGACAAAGACUCCGAAGCCAAGGCCGAAGAGAUCAGGAGGCUGAAGGAGCAGGUGAGCGGCCUGCAGAGAAACACCAGCGAAGUUUUGUACCACUCCCUCUCGGACCGCGACCUGCAAAUCGCCCGCUGGAAGCAGGAGAACGAAGCCCUGAAGAAGAGCUACGCGCUCACCACAGGACUGGUGACCAGUUUGCAAAAGGACGUGGUCCAGAAGGAGCAGCGCUUCCAGCAACUGAAAACGGAGAUGGAGAAGCUGAGGCAGGAGAGUCGGGAGAAGGACAGCCAGCUGGCCUAUAUUUCCGCCCAGUGCUCUAGAAUUAAAGCGGAGACCAAGCGGGAACUCAGGGACAGAGACCUAAGUGCCCAUCAGAGUCGGAUUGCGGAUCUGGAGCUGCAGGCCGGCCAGUCUAAGGAGGAGGCGAAGAAACACUACGCAGAGCAGGAGGCCCUGACCCGGAGGCUGGCUGAAGCCACCAAGGCCGAAGGGGAGCUGAAGGAAGAGACAGAGAGGCGAGCCCAGCAGGUGCAGGAGCUGGGCCGCCGAGAGCGUCUCCUGCGCUUGGAGAUGGAGCAGGCAGCCACUCAGGCGCAGCAUUUCCGGAACCAGGUGCUGAGGGCCCUCUUUUCCGAACUUCCCGAGAAACCUCUAACUGAUGAGCAGAUUGUUGAGGAAAUCCAUCAGAUGCAGGAGAGCAAGGAGGGCUCUGAUCAGAAGGAGGCAGGGCUGCAGAAAGAAGUGCAGAUCAGGGGCCUGGAAAUGGAGAAGCUCUCAUCCAACCUGGCCCUGCUAAAGAAGUCACUCGAUGGAUUCCAGGAGUUCCUGAAGACCUCUUUCUCUGCCAAGAGCCUGAAGGAGGCCAUCAGCCAGCUACAGAGCCUUCCCCCACUGGCCCCCAUGGCAUCAGGAAUCCAAGCCUCUCUGGCCCGCAUCUUCUACAGUGUACUGGGCUGGGUGGAAGCACUGGAGUCUCUCCUCCGGAACAUGGGCGUUGAUGCCCCAGCUGGUGACACAGGAAUGGCCACCUACAUGAAGCAGCUGCUGGACCAGCACCACAGUGUCACGGGGCAGGUCCAGGCCUUGCAGAAUCAGCUGCGGAGGGCAGAGGAGUCCCAGCACACCACCCUGCAGGAGAAGCUGAAGGAACUGAGGGAGCAGCUGGAGGGAGAGUCCCAGGCCAGAGAGAGGGAAAUCCAGGAGGAAGAGAAGCGGCAGAAGGAGAUCCUGGCAAGGAGGGCCGCCCGGGAAGAAGCCGAGCUAAAAGAAGCCCUGGAAGAGGAGAGGAAAAGGGGCCGCCUGUUGGAAGCUGAAGUGAAGGAACUCUCCGAGGCGAUGGAAGGGAGAAGGGACCUGGAGAGGAUGUUAAACGCCAGAAUGAAGGAGGCUCUGGGGUCUCUGGAAGAUGCCGAGAGGGGAAAGGCGAUGGCGGAAGAGAAGCUGUCAGUCUGGGAGAGGCGGCUGCAGGGCCUGGAGGCGGAGGCCGAGUCGCUGAGGCAGAAGCACCAGCGGGAGAUCUCGGAGUACCAGGAGCAGGUCAAACAGCACGCCAGGACCAUCGUGGGGCUGGAGAAGAGGCUGCCCAGCGCUGCCCAGCAGCCAGAGGAGGAACGUGGGCUCCGGCCAAGAGAAACCAAGAAGGAGGCUUCCAAGCCCCCCUUACCUGCCUCCCCGGGGCUGUGCGUCAUGGACGAGUUUCACGCUUUCCUGAAGGAGGAGCUGGCGGCCGCCAAGCAGGAGAUCCAGGCCAACCAGGCGGUCAUCGCGGAGCUCAAGAAGGAGCUUUGCCAGGCCAGAGCCACAAUGUCCGACGUGAUUGGGGAGCUGAGUGAGAAGCAGAAAGCGGAGCUGGAGGAGAAGCGGAACCUCGUGCAGAGCCAGGCCCGAGAACUCGGCCUCCUGCGGGAGAAGCUGUCGGAGGCCUCCAGGAUGCUGUCCCAGAGGGAAACCCACCUCCAAGCCACCACCGAGGAGUUAAGGAAGGCCAGAGAGAAGGUGAAAGAGCUGCUGGCGAAGGCGAAGGCCGCGGAGAUGGGCAGGCUUGUACAGCACAAGGGUGUGCAGACCAUGGGGGCCCUGCAGGGCCAGCCCUCCCCUGCUGCGAAGGAGCCCCCUCUCUUGUGCUUGGCUGACCUGGGAGCCAGGUGCAAAGGCUCCCGCCACGAGGAGGUCAUCCAUCGGCAGAAGGAGACCUUGGCCGAGCUGCGCAAGAAGCUCCGGAAACUGGAGAAGGACGCGAAAAACUCGGAGCCGCUUCUGGUGGUGCGGAAAGGGCCGACAGAGAAGGACCCCGCGGUGGUGCUGACGGCGGCAAUGGAUGCCCACCAGCCUCCAGCUGGGCCCUCCUGCAUCGACCCCAACAUGGCCACUGAGAGGAACGCCAGGAUGGAGAUGGCGGAUGCGCUGGACCUCAGCGAGAACCUGUACCUCAGCCUUGUCCGGGGCCUCUCCAGCCUGAUGGACGUGGAGCAACUGAUGGGCUUGCGGACUCUAAAGCACCUGUCCCAGGCCGAGCGGGAGAAGGUGAGCCUGCUGCGCCAGAAGAACCUGGAGCUGCUGCUGGACAGGAUCAGCAAGCUGAAGAGCCGCCUGGAGAGGAAGGAGUCCCUGCUGAAGGAGUACGAGGGGGACUCCGGGCCCUUCAGGAGCAACAGGCACAGCCUGCAGGCCUACCAGUCGGAGGUGGCCAAGCUGGCCGACCAGGUGUACCGGGACGCGGAGGAGAAGGCACUGCUGAAGGAGGCGCUGGAGAGGACACGGCUGCAGCUGAGCAAAGAGAAGAGACUGAACAAGGCCCUCAAGAAGCCCAAGACGCCAACCCCAAGGAAGCCGCCCUCCGAAAGUCCGAAGGCAGCCGAAGGGCCGAGGGAGGCCUGCAGACCCCGAGUGCCUUGCAGCGGCUGGGCCUAGGCGGCCCCCUUUCCGGAGCGCUGUGGGGUAGGAACAGUC